AUGGAGGAACGCGAGUACAUCUCCGCGCCUGUCCGCGCCGGCACCGUCGUUUCUGCGGAGAAGAGUCGCUAUGGGGGAGGACGUGCCGAAAGACGGGAGGCUGGGACCUCCGGCUUCGGCAGUGGCAUCUGUUCUGCCCUCUUUACUCGCAGAUCCGCCACCGGGAAUUGGGGGAUCUACAGGGAUCAGGGGAUACCCUCGCCGAGGUCGGGAGUGGAUGGCCGCUCAAGAUUCUUCCUCGAACCAAGGUGGGAUGGCCAGGGGGAGCAUUUCCUCGAUGCCUGCCUUCUCUGCAAGAAACCUCUUGGACACAAUCGCGACAUCUACAUGUACAGGUGCAGAGGCUGAUCUCGCCCUCUAUUGCGUCUCCUAGACCCCAUUUCUGGAACCGUCUACUCAUUUUCUUGCUCUAUCGAUUUCCGCGGGGGUGGGGGGAUAUGUUAUGUAUACAGAGGCGACAUGCCAUUUUGCAGUGAGGAGUGCCGGCAGGAGCAAAUUGAGUUUGACGAGGCCAGGGAGAGCAGGAACCUGUCAAUGAAAGCGUCAGCCUCGAGGGAGGAGCACAAUAAGAAGUCGUCCCAGAGCACUAAGAUCCGUGCUCCAGGAACAAUUGUGGCCGGUUAG